AUGGAUAUCACUAGGAAAUCGUUGUCGGACGAUGGCGACAAGGGAAUGAGCGAGAUCAAUACUUCACAUGUUUGCCGUAAUACGCAUUCUGAUGAUUCGUGUCGCGCUAUGGAUUCCAUUUGCGCUAUUUCUUGCCGAGAUUCAACAGAUGGUACGAUGAUAAAUAUCAAUCGUGCAGAUGUGAAACCGGUUAUCGGUCAACUUUGCGCUGUGGGAGGUGCAAGUAUAUCUCCGCGUCUACCGAGCCUUUAUUCUGGAUUGGAUGAUGCAGAUCAUAUAAAAGGUCAUGUAGAUCCAAAUGUGCAACUGGACGCUGCAGGAAACGCUAUGGAUAUCAAGCUUCCCACAAAUGGCAGCUUCGAUCUUGGUUUCACGCAUAAGAAAUCUUUGGAAUUUGGUUUCAGCGGUUACAAUCCCCGAAUAAUGAAUCGAAAUUCCCAGGUUUCAAGGGAUUCUGGUACUGUGAAAGUGAUGAGAUAUGACCGAUGCAUAUCAACAUUCUACACGGUGAUCUGGAUGUCUUGUAUGCUGCUUGCGUUGCUAGCACCAGCAUUAUUUCACGUUUGUUGCCAAUUCAGGCUCUAUGGGGGAUUCAUUCCUACCCAUGAUCGAAACGUAGAUUCUGAUGAUGUAAGACUGCGAGGAACACAUAUUAUGACGGAUGCGCGAUCUAUCGUAAACCAUUUGAGCGAAUUCGAAAACUUUUUCCUUAUAGGCGUGUUUUUGUACCUCCUAAUUCAAAUUAUUGGGUUUUAUCUGACACAGGCGCGAAUUCGAACGUAUCUUUGGAGGCUUUGUGAAGUGUCUGUCGAAAUGGCCAAGCAUGAUUUCCUGUACGACAGCAAACAACGUGCAGUGGAACAUUUUUCGGAUUACGCUAAGCGCAUAUGUCGUAACAAGACACAUGUAUGCACACAAACCGAGCGAAGAUUGGUCGAAGCAUUUGACGAGGCAGCUUCGAACUUCGACAACAAUGAGACCGAUAAUAUAUGGCGGAAGACAUCGCUCAUGAGGUACAGAAUCUUGUUUACUAGGGUGUAUCUCCCCAUUAUUAUCAACCUUCUCAUUUCCAUAGGUACGUCAGUAUUCGUAUAUGACAGGCGACUGCGGACGCAUCACAGGGUGCCUUUGGCCCAUCCAGAUAUCGUGGCCAACUUUUAUUGGUAUGCUGCUAUUCAGUAUGAAGGGUUUUGGUGCAUAUUCACACUGAUGGUGUUAAAUUUCACAACAUGGGUCUACCUCUGUUACGUCAAUCUUCACAAAACUAUCUUUGGGUUACUUGAAGAGGCUCACGAUCAAAUCCGAGCCGUAACCUCGGAUUAUGGUAGCAAGUUGGCCAAAGAUAUUUGGGAUAAUCAGAUGUUAAUGUUUACGUCUACAAUGUGCGCUAUAGAUGCUAACAAAGUCGGACGUAGCGCUACAUAUGCCCCUCUAAGGGUGGAAACAUUCAAUAGUCAAAUCAACUUCAACAGCGACACAUCAAAUAAAGGCGGACGGCAGUGUCUGUGUCGUUUUUUGUGUAUGCCGAGCACAGAAAGGGGGGUAAGAAUCGCAUCGCCUUUCGUUGGUGGCACACCUUUCGAGGAAUUACACACUCCACUGAUAGAAUCUGGAUUACACCGUAAUUACUAA